AUAAAACCCAAACUCAAAUUCCACUCUUAACUAAAAUCCACAAAAUCUUUUAGCUUUCAAUUGCUUAUUCUCUCUCAUAUAUCUCCGCCACCCUCUAUCUUCUCUGUCUAUCUCUAACUCUAUCCACCAUUUUCAUCUGUUUCUUGCUGAGUUUAUGGAAUGACUGAAUACAGCUUACCCACCAUGAAUUUGUGGAACAAUAGUACUAGCGAUGACAACGUUUCUAUGAUGGAAGCUUUUAUGUCGUCUGAUAUUUCAUUUUGGGCUACUAAUUCUACUACUACUAAUACUGCUGCCGUCAAUUCAAAUCUUCUUCAUACUAAUAAUACCCCAUGUGUUUUUCCUCCAUCUUCUUCUACAUCUGCUUGUGCAUCCACUGUAACGGCUGCUGCUGCGCCUGUGGAUGCUUCCAAAUCUAUGCCCUUUUUCAACCAAGAAUCACUCCAGCAGCGUCUUCAAGCCCUCAUCGACGGUGCUAGGGAGACGUGGACCUACGCUAUCUUUUGGCAAUCGUCUGCUGUUGAUUUCUCGAGUCCGUCUGUGUUGGGUUGGGGAGAUGGUUAUUACAAAGGUGAAGAAGAUAAAGCCAAGAGGAAAUUACCGGUUUCUUCUCCAGCUUAUAUUGCUGAGCAGGAGCACCGGAAGAAGGUUCUCCGGGAGCUGAAUUCGUUGAUUUCCGGAACACAAACCGGUACCGAUGAUGCUAUUGAUGAAGAAGUUACCGACACCGAAUGGUUCUUUUUAAUCUCCAUGACUCAAUCGUUUGUCAGCGGAAGCGGGCUUCCGGGUCAGGCUUUGUACAGUUCCAGCCCUACUUGGGUCGCCGGAACUGAGAAAUUGGCUGCUUCCCACUGCGAACGGGUUAGGCAGGCGCAAGGGUUCGGGCUUCAGACUAUUGUCUGUAUUCCAUCAGCUAACGGCGUGGUUGAAUUGGGAUCGACGGAGUUGAUAAUCCAGAGUUCUGAUCUCAUGAACAAGGUUAGAGUAUUGUUCAACUUCAGUAAUGACUUGGGGUCUGGUUCAUGGGCUGUGCAGCCGGAGAGCGACCCGUCGGUGCUUUGGCUCACUGAUCCAUCGUCCUCAGGUAUGGAAGUUAGAGAGUCUUUAAACACAGUUCAAACAAAUUCAGUUCCAUCCAGUAAUAGUAAUAAGCAAAUUGCUUUUGGGAGUGAGAACAACCAUACAACCACACAGUCUGGAAAUGGUCACAGUUCUUAUAAUCAGCAACAACAGCACAAUCCUCCUCAGCAACAAACACAAGGAUUUUUCACGAGGGAGUUGAAUUUUUCGGAAUUCGGGUUCGAUGGAAGUAGUAAUAGGAAUGGGAAUUCAUCAGUUUCUUGCAAGCCUGAGUCAGGGGAAAUCUUGAAUUUUGGUGAUAGUACUAAGAAAAGUGCUUGUAGUGCAAACGGGAACUUGUUUUCGGGUCAGUCCCAAUUUGGGGCAGGGGAAGAGACUAAUAAGAACAAGAAAAGAUCAGCUACUUCCAGGGGAAGCUGUGAAGAAGGAAUGCUUUCAUUUGUUUCAGGUACAGUUUUGGCUUCUUCCGGUGUGAAGUCAGGCGGAGGUGGAGGCGAAGACUCUGAACAUUCAGAUCUUGAGGCUUCGGUGGUGAAAGAAGCUGAUAGUAGUAGAGUUGUAGAACAGGAAAAGAAGCCAAGGAAGCGAGGAAGGAAGCCAGCUAAUGGACGGGAGGAACCUUUGAAUCACGUCGAGGCAGAGAGGCAAAGGAGGGAGAAAUUGAACCAAAGAUUCUAUGCUCUUAGAGCUGUUGUACCAAAUGUGUCGAAGAUGGACAAGGCAUCACUUCUUGGAGAUGCAAUUUCAUAUAUAAACGAGUUGAAAUCGAAGCUUCAUAAUACAGAGUCAGAUAAAGAAGACUUGAAGAUCCAAAUAGAAGAUAUAAAGAAAGAAUUAGCUAGUAAAGAAUCAAGGCGCCCCGGUCCUCCACCACCAAACCAAGAUCUCAAGAUGUCUAGCCACACCGGAGGCAAGAUUAUAGACGUGGAUAUAGACGUUAAGAUAAUCGGAUGGGAUGCAAUGAUUCGUAUACAAUGCAAUAAAAAGAAUCAUCCAGCCGCAAGGUUAAUGGCAGCCCUCAUGGAAUUAGACCUAGACGUGCACCAUGCCAGUGUUUCAGUUGUCAACGAUUUGAUGAUCCAGCAAGCCACAGUGAAAAUGGGUAGCAGACAUUACACUGAAGAGCAGCUUAGGAUAGCAUUGACAUCGAGAAUUGCUGAAACACACUAAAUAAGACCUUAGAAAGUAGAUAGAGCUCAAAGAUAGUGUUGAGGGCUUUGAAUUAACCUAACCUUGUGAAGUGCGUUCAAGGCUAUGCUUAAAUUAAAGGCUGCAAGCUCUUAAUUAAUGUUUUUGUUAUGAAGCUUGAGAUUAAGACCAAGGCUAUCUAGGUGGUUGUCGAAAAUAUUAUUGUACGUAGAUGUUAAGCCCCAUAAGUCAACAUAAUGGGGGCGGGGCUUUACUUCUUGUAAUUAAAGAUAAAUUUGCAGCUUUAUGUAUUCUUUGUUUAGAUAUAAAUAAAUGAAGAAGAAAUUUGAUUUUGAA